AUGCCUGAGGCUGAAAAGGAAGCCACUCAACCUUCUCUUCAGACACAUGACCUUUGGGUCCUGUACACCGAUGACACAUCCAAUACAUGCGGGUCCGGGAUGGGACUCGUACUCGAGGUUCCCGGCGGUAAGAUAAUUUGCCAAUCCAUAAUAUAUCCGAACAUGACUAACAAUAAGGCCGAGUAUGAGGCCGUAAUUACAGGAUUAAUACUGGCACUCAUGUACGGAGCGAAGCGAUUAAAGCUUCAUUAUGAUUCUCAGCUCGUAGUCAACCAGGUUAGUGGGACUUUCCAAAUUAAAGAGCAGAGGUUGCAAAAAUAUCAGACCGAGAUCUGCAUAUUAUUACCCAGUUUCGAUGAGUGCCAGCUGAACCAAAUUCCACGAAAUCAGAACGUCGAAGCAGACGGUCUCGCUAAGUUGGCCACCACCACCGAAAAACGGCACCCUCCCAACAACAAAAUGGAAGCCAAAAAGUUGAGAAUGCAAGCUUCCAGGUACAACCUCCUUCACAAUGACUUAUACAAGAGUACGUACGGCGGUCCCUUGGCAAAAUGCUUAGGCCCAAACCAAACCCAUCGCGUCCUCGAGAAAGUCCAUGAAGGUCAUUGUGGCAGUCACUCCGGUGACCGAGCACUCGUUAGGUGCCCCAUACGGGCCAAGUAUUAUUGGACCACCAUAAAAAAUGAUGCUCUAGGAUUUGUGAAUAACUGUGAGCAAUGUCAAAAAUACGUCCCGAUAAUUUACCAGGAGCAUUCACCCAAGUGCUUGAGCAAGAGAUCUAACUUGGGGCUGGCGCAAUUGUAUUAUAAACUAUUUGCAGAACGGUACCCUCCUAACGACAAAAAGGAAGCCAAAAAGCUGAGAAUGCAAGCUGCCAGGUACAACCUCCUUCACAACGACUUAUACAAGAGUACGUACGGCAGUCCCUUGGAACAAUGCUUAGGCCCGAACCAAACCCAUCGCGUCCUCGAGAAAGUCCAUGAAGGUCAUUGUGGCAGUCACUCCGGUGACCGAGCACUCAUUAGGUUCCUCCAUACGGGCCAAGGAAUGGACAUUGUGGGACCAGGACGAGGUAACGUAAAAUUCCUUUUAGUUUUAACUGUCUAUUUCUUCAAGUGGGUAGAAGUAGGAGCAUUCGCCCAAGUGCGUGAGCAAGAGGUAAUCGCCUUUAUAUGGAAAAAUAUCAUUUGCCGAUUCGGCCUACCCAAAGAGAUAAGCUAUGACAAUGAGCCCCAGUUCACGGGAAGUAAAACCACCAAGUUCUUUGAAAAAUGUCAUAUUAAAAGGAUACUUUCAACUCUUUACCACCCAGCAGGAAACGGACAAGCGGAAUCCUCCAAUAAGUCUAUACUGAACAUCAUGAAAAAGAAACUCGAAGAGGCUAAGGGACUGUGGACAAAUGUACUCCUAGAGGUAUUAUGGGCGCAUAGAACUACCUCGAAGAUGAGCACAUGA